UGGUAAAAGUGGAAGUUCAAAUGUAAAUUGUCUGUUCUUUGAUGAACCUAACAAUGAGAAAAUACAGAUUAUUAAAGAUCAAAGAAAAUGCGGAGGAAUCAAAAUUUGUUCUUAUGCACAUAAGCAUAUUAUGAAUAAUAAGCAUACUAAUGUUGAUUUUGAUUUGAACAUUUUUCAAACUAUUAAAAAUGCUGAAGAAUUACAAAGCAUUCAAGCCAACACAAUAUCAGCACGAAGACUUGAUAUGCGAAAAUAUAAAACUUGCGAAACACAAGAUAAAUAUGGUAUUACAAGAACUGGAACAAAUAAUGGACCAAUAUUUCGUGCAAUACAAUCAAUUAAACGAUAUGACAAAAAAUGUACAUUAAAAAAAAAAUCAACACCAAAUAAAAGCAAACAAAUUAAAUCUAAAUCUACUUCUACUGAAAGUACUUCAUUAGAUGAAUUAGAACGGCAAAUUUCACUUGAAGAAUGUCGAUUAGAAAUUAAAGAGCGUAAAGAAAGGCUUUGA